GACAAGAAAAUACUAGAGAACAAGGAAGUUAAAUACAAAAGCCCCUAGGACAACUAGAGCCUAAGACGAUGAGCCUUCGGUUUGCAAAUAGAAUUUUCCGGUUGUGAUUUUUAUACUUUUUAAGUGACAAGCUUCAAAGAAUUCAGCUAGUUCAGAAUUCAAGGCGUUCUUACACGUAAUGUGCAUAAGUGGUAAAUUAUGGCUGUUGGAAGAGUCACCACCCAUUGCCGGAAGAAGACGCAACCAACAUAUACACUCCAUCGAAACCUAAACAGUAGCAGACACUGUACUGUCGGUUCCUUCUUACCACAAGUAUGUUUAUGUCAGCAAUCAGGAUGCUGGUCUUAACCUAUUAACGCUUGGUUUGGUUUGUAUUCUCUUCAUACUUCAGUAUUCUUCGUGGAAGUCAAUUUCUUUUCAGACCAACAGUGGCACCACGCGCCAAAAGAACUUCACACCCGUGGUCAAUUUGCUUUUGAUUGAAUGAUCAAAUUAACCUUUGAGAGAGUUUCAGAGCAGAGUAGUAGACAUUUUGGGGUGAUGCUAGAGGGGGAAUUCCUUUUCACCUGCCCAGUUGAUUCAGUGCAUCUUAUCUGUACAGCUUGGAAGUCCAUAUCAAUAGUCUGCCCAGAAAAUUUGGUCUUUGUUCAAUCUUUGCUUGCUUCUAGUUUCUAUUCUACCUGACUCAGUAAUAUUCAAACUUCAAAGUAGGUGGCAAUAAUCAACAAUCAAAGAAAAGCAAACUAAAAAUAUUGAAUAGCCAGCCAUCCGUCAUAACAAGUCAACCUUCACCAGUCAUUAGUCAAGGCUCAAGAGUCGUAAGCUUCUGUAACAUUAAGAUAGCCUGGACACAUGUACACAGAUCCAAACACAUGUACAGUACUGAGCUUUUGGACUCCCAAAAGAUGAGGAAAUCAAUAUCAAAUUUUUUCAUGCACCAAAUAUGCAGGCCAAAGAAAAAUCGCUCCGACAGUCCGACACGUUUCAUAACAUAAAUGGCACCCAAGAAUUUUUCUAUAUAUGUAAGACCCUUGGUUACCUUGUUGUACAAACCCACUGUGCUCUUCAGAUUGUGUCCCAAAAUGGACUUCUCUGUUCUCCACCUACUUGGCCUAUACCUUGUCAUUGAACCAUUUUUUGUAGCUGCUGCUCAGACUGCAAAUAUUAGCUUGGGGUCGUCUCUCACUGCAUCAGACAACUCUCUUUCGUGGCAAUCUCCCUCCGGGGCAUUUGCUUUUGGAUUUCGCGGCAUUGGUGAUCAAGAACUCUUCUUGCUUGCCAUAUGGUAUGACAAGAUACCAGAAAAGACUCUUGUUUGGUAUGCAAAUGGAGACAAUCCAGCACCAAUAGGAUCCAAAGUGGAGCUCACAAAGGACGGUCAUUUCAGACUCACUGGCCCUCGGGGAGAAGAAAUCUGGCCCCAGUCUGUUAUUAGUGGAGUUGCUUAUGCUGCCAUGCUUGACACAGGUAACUUUGUUCUUGCAAACCAGAAUUCAGUACCUUUAUGGCAAAGCUUCAAAAACCCUAUAGACACCAUUUUACCAACCCAAGUGUUGGAAAUUGGCGAAAAGCUCUCUUCUCGGCAGACUGCUAGCAACUACUCAAAGGGGAAGUUUCAACUCCAAUUUAAACCAGCAGGUACGCUUGAGCUGUAUCUCAUAGCGUUGCCUACAGAGCAAGCAUAUUCAGCAUACUACAAAAGCAAUACAUCUGAUGCAGCUGAUAAAAUGAACUCCGGCAAUCAGCUAGUCUUCAAUGAGUCAGGUCAUAUCAAUGUUGUUCUGCGGAAUGGAAAUAUAGUAACCCUCACAAACAAAACCGCAUCCCCACCAAGAGAUUACUAUUACAGAGCAACACUAGAUUAUGAUGGGCUUUUUACCCUAUAUGCUUAUCCCAAAAAUGGGAGCGGGACAUCCUGGUCCUCUUUGUGGUCUAUUCCAGAAAACAUUUGCUUCGAUUCAACUGGAAACGAGGGCGGCGGGCCAUGUGGAUAUAACAGUUACUGCAAACUUGAUGCAAACACAAGGCCAAUUUGUGAAUGCCUUCCUGGCUUUUCUGCUUUAGAUCCCGAAUAUAAGUUGCGCGGCUGCAAACAACACAGGAUGCACAGUUGUGAACUAGGUGAUUCAAAGCCACAAGAUGUAUAUGUGAUGCAUGAGCUACCAAAUACUUUCUGGCCCAGUUCUUCAAACUAUGAAGAGUUGCAGCCACUCAAUGAAGAUGAUUGUAGCAGAUUUUGCCUCGAUGAUUGUAACUGUGUGGUAGCUGUUAUCAAAGCUGGGACCUGCUGGAAGAAGAAAUUGCCACUCUCCAAUGGAAGGCAGGACUGGAAUGAGUAUGGCAAGGCUCUCAUCAAAUUACCAAAAUCUGAUGCUUUUGAGAGUCCUGCAUCUCGAGAUUCAAACACAGAAAAGAAAGAUCAGAAAACUGUCAUCUUAGUAGGAGCACUCCUUCUAGGUAGCUCUGUGUUUCUCAACUUCCUGUUUGUUGCAGCAAUUGCUUUGCUUGUUUUCUACACAUACCGAAAAACACAUAGGGUUAUCACUAGCACAUCCAGUAUUAUGGAAGCAAAUCUACGCGCUUUUACUUACAAAGAGCUCGAAGAAGCCACAGAUGGUUUCAGAGAAGAAGUUGGAAGAGGGGCUUUCGGCACUGUGUAUAAGGGAAUCAUAUCAUCUCUAAGCUCAACAAACUAUGUGGCAAUCAAGAAGCUGGACAAGGUGGCACAACAAGGUGAAAAGGAAUUCAAAACAGAAGCAAGUGCAAUAGCCAAGACCCAUCACAAAAACCUCGUCAGAUUGCUUGGCUUGUGUGAUGAAGGGGCAAAUAAACUCCUAGUCUAUGAGUUUAUGAGAAAUGGAACACUGGCUAGCUAUCUGUUUGGGAUUUCAAGGCCUGAUUGGAACAAACGAAUCCAAAUUGCGUUUGGUAUUGCAAGAGGGCUCAUGUACUUGCACGAUGAGUGUAGCACGCAGAUCAUCCACUGUGACAUCAAACCGCAGAACAUACUUCUCGAUGAUUCAUUCACAGCAAGGAUUUCGGAUUUCGGAUUGGCAAAGCUUCUGCUAAGUGAUCAAACUCUGACUCAUACAGUCAUUAGAGGGACCAGAGGGUAUGUUGCACCAGAAUGGUUCAGAAAUACUCCCGUUACUGCGAAGGUUGAUGUUUACAGUUAUGGGGUGAUGCUGUUGGAGAUUAUCUGUUGCAGGAGGAGCCUCGAAAUGGAAAAGGAAAAUGAAGAAGAAGUGAUACUAACUGACUGGGUUUACGAUUGCUACAAGCAUAGGAGAUUAAACAAGGUGAUUGAGGACGAUGAGGAGGCAGGAAAUGACAUGAAAAGGCUGGAGAGGCUAGUAAUGGUGGCAAUUUGGUGCAUACAAGAGGAUCCAUCUUUGAGACCUACCAUGAAGAAGGUUACACAAAUGCUCGAAGGAGUGGUUGAUGUAUCUGUACCUCCAAGUCCUUCUCUUUUCAGUUCAAUAUGCUGAAACUUAAUGUAUCGAUCCAGUGGCAGAUCCAGGAUCCGAGACCUGUCUAGGCUAAUUAGAAGUACACUAUUUUUUUUUUUUAGAGGUUUGGAACCGAAUGGGAGGCUUAUCCCCACGUCUUUAUUAUUUUCAAUCAAAACAUACAAUGGCGAGGACAUAAAUCCAAACCUCAUAAAUUAAAAACUGCAAACAUACAUUUGUUGUAAAACAACAAUAAACUAACUAAAUCGUACCCUCCGAAACCCACUCAC